AUGUCCGACCAUGACGACGACUAUAUGUGUGAAGAGGAGGAAGACUAUGGCUUGGAAUAUUCGGAGGACAGUAAUUCAGAACCCGAUGUGGACCUUGAGAACCAGUAUUACAACAGCAAAGCCCUGAAAGAAGAUAUGCCGUUAGCGGCUCUGUUGAGUUUUCAAAAAGUUCUAGAAUUAGAGGGAGGAGAUAAAGGAGAAUGGGGGUUCAAGGCUCUCAAACAAAUGAUAAAAAUAAAUUUUAAACUGAGCAACUUCACGGAAAUGAUGGCAAGAUAUAAACAACUGCUCACAUACAUCAAGAGUGCGGUGACAAGAAAUCACUCAGAGAAGUCCAUCAAUUCAAUCUUAGAUUAUAUUUCUACUUCUAGAAAUAUGGAGCUCCUGCAGGACUUUUAUGAAACAACUUUAGAAGCAUUAAAAGAUGCCAAAAACGACCGUCUAUGGUUCAAAACAAAUACCAAACUAGGCAAGCUGUACUAUGACCGAGGAGAUUUUAAUAAAUUAGCUAAGAUAUUGAAGCAAUUACAUCAGAGUUGCCAGACCGAUGAGGGUGAAGAUGAUCUUAAGAAAGGCACCCAACUAUUAGAAAUAUAUGCGCUUGAAAUACAAAUGUAUACAGCACAAAAAAAUAAUAAAAAAUUAAAGGCACUUUAUGAACAAUCAUUGCAUAUUAAGUCGGCAAUACCACAUCCACUCAUAAUGGGUGUUAUAAGAGAGUGUGGAGGUAAAAUGCAUCUCAGAGAGGGUGAGUUUGAGAAGGCCCAUACAGAUUUCUUUGAAGCUUUCAAGAACUAUGAUGAAUCUGGCAGCCCUCGAAGAACGACCUGCCUUAAAUAUUUGGUACUAGCUAACAUGCUAAUGAAGUCCGGCAUCAAUCCAUUUGAUUCUCAAGAAGCAAAACCCUAUAAGAACGAUCCAGAAAUAUUGGCAAUGACCAACCUUGUGAUGGCUUACCAAAAUAAUGAUAUAAAUGAUUUCGAGUCCAUCCUAAAACAUAAUAGAAACAACAUUAUGGAUGAUCCCUUCAUCAGGGAACAUAUUGAAGAUCUCCUCAGAAAUAUUAGAACUCAAGUCCUUAUUAAAUUGAUCGGUCCAUACACUAGGAUUCACAUACCAUUUAUAUCUAAGGAGCUCAACAUUGAUGAGAAAGAAGUUGAAAAUUUAUUAGUCACCUGUAUUUUGGAUAAUACCAUAAGCGGUCGCAUCGACCAAGUGAACAGUGUGUUGGAACUAGCUCGUGGUGCGAGGGACGCAGCUCGAUACACAGCCCUGGACAAGUGGACCGCUCAGUUGGCAGCCCUGCACCUCGCCCUGGCUAACAAGAUGGCCUGA